AUGGCAUCAGCAACCGUCAACGACGCGGCCAAGGCCCUCAAGGCCCUGCACGUCCCCUCAUCGCCCGUCGUCUUCACCAACGUCUGGGACGUCGCCUCGCUCAACACCGUCCUGUCGCUCAACGCCAACGCCAGCGACACCAACAACGACAAGCCCGUCAAGGCCGUCGCCACCGCGUCGUGGGCCAUCGCCGCCACCGAGGGCCUCGCCGACGAGGACCUCACCUGGGAGGCCAACCUCGCGGCCAUCACGCGCGUCGCGCCGCUCGUCCGCGCCGCCGGCCUGCCGCUGAGCUCCGACCUGCAGGACGGCUACGGCGCGCGCAUCAACGAGGUCGUCGCCGCGGCGGUGCGCGCCGGCGUCUCGGGCGCCAACAUCGAAGACAGCAUCCCCGCGGCGGGUUUCGGCAAGGGCAUCGCCGGGUCGCUGUACCCGCUCGACGAGCAGGUCCGGCGGCUGCGCGGCGCGCUCAAGGCGGCCGCCGACGCGGGGUGCCCGGACUUUGUGCUCAACGCGCGGUGCGACGUGUUCUGCCUGGACGACGACAAGGCGACGUUGGAUGACGAGACGAGGCUGCGCGAGGCGGUGGCCCGGGGCAAGGCGUUCCUCGAGGCGGGUGCCACGACGGUGUUUUACUGGGGCGGUGGUAGGGGCGGGCUGAGCCGCGAGAGCGUGCAGACGCUGGUGAGGGAGCUGGACGGGCGGGUUGCGGUGUUGCUGUCGGCGUAUAAGGGCGGGCCGACAGUCAAGGAGCUGGCUGAGCUGGGCGUCGCGAGGAUCAGCAUUGGGCCGACGCUGUUCAGGGUGGCCAUGGCGGCGGUGGCGAGGGCGGCAAAGGGGAUCCUCGUGGAUGCGGGAGGCAUGCCGGCUGUCUGA